AGGGGUCGGUGACGAUCAAACAUGGCUGCGCCCAUGUCAUUCAGCGGGGGCUGUUGACCUUUUGUUACCUCCUUGUCUCCCGGCCCUGGUGGUGACAGCCUGAGCAUGAAGACCAUGCUGGGCCGGACCCUCCGAGAAGUUUCUGCGGCACUGAAACAAGGCCAAAUUACACCAACGGAGCUCUGUCAAAAAUGUCUCUCUCUCAUCAAGAAGACUAAGUACCUAAAUGCCUACAUUACUGUAACAGAAGAGGUAGCCUUAAAACAAGCUGAAGAAUCAGAAAAAAGAUACAAGAAUGGUCAGUCACUUGGGGUUUUAGAUGGAAUUCCUAUUGCAAUCAAAGACAACUUUAGCACAUCUGGCAUUGAGACAACAUGUGCAUCAAAUAUGCUGAAAGGUUAUGUACCACCUUAUAAUGCUACAGUUGUCCAGAAGUUGUUGGAUCAGGGAGCUCUGCUCAUGGGGAAAACAAAUUUAGAUGAGUUUGCUAUGGGUUCUGGAAGCACAGACAGUGUAUUUGGACCAGUUAAAAACCCCUGGAGUUAUUCAAAACAAUAUAGAGAAAGGAGGAGGCAGAAGCCACAUGGCGAGAAUGAAGAUUCAAAUUGGGUGAUCACUGGAGGAAGCUCCGGUGGGAGCGCCGCUGCCGUGUCAGCGUUCACGUGCUUUGCGGCUUUAGGAUCAGAUACAGGAGGAUCAACCAGAAAUCCUGCUGCCCUCUGUGGGCUUGUGGGUGUCAAGCCAAGCUAUGGCUUAGUUUCUCGUCAUGGUCUCAUUCCCCUGGUGAAUUCGAUGGAUGCGCCAGGAAUCCUAACCCGAUACGUGGAUGAUGCUGCAGUUGUGUUGGGUAUGCUGGCUGGGCAUGACCCCAAAGAUUCUACCACAGUACAGGAUCCUGUUAAGCCAUUCACACUCCCCAGUUUAACAGAUGUCAGCAAACUAUGUAUAGGAAUUCCAAAGGAGUAUCUUGUACCAGAAUUAUCAAGUGAAGUACGAUCUCUUUGGUCCAAAGCUGCUGACCUCUUUGAGUCUGAGGGAGCCAAAGUAGUUGAGGUAUCCCUUCCCCACAUCAGUUACUCAAUUGUCUGCUACCAUGUGUUGUGCACAUCAGAAGUGGCAUCGAAUAUGGCAAGAUUUGAUGGUCUACAAUAUGGGCACAGAUGUGAUAUUGAUGUGUCCACCGAAGCCAUGUAUGCUGCGACCAGACGAGAAGGGUUCAAUGAGGUGGUGAGAGGAAGAAUCCUCUCAGGAAACUUUUUCUUAUUAAAAGAAAACUAUGAGAACUAUUUCAUCAAAGCCCAGAAAGUGCGACGCCUCAUUGCUAACGAUUUUGUGAAUGUUUUCAAUUCUGGAGUAGAUGUCCUGCUCACGCCUACCACCUUGAGUGCGGCAGUGCCAUACCUGGAGUUCAUCAAAGAAGACAACAGAACACGAAGUGCCCAGGACGAUAUUUUUACACAGGCUGUAAAUAUGGCAGGGCUACCAGCAGUAAAUAUCCCCGUGGCACUCUCCAACCAAGGGUUGCCAAUAGGACUGCAGUUUAUUGGGCGUGCCUUUUGUGACCAGCAGCUUCUUACAAUUGCCAAAUGGUUUGAAAAACAAGUAGAGUUUCCUGUUACUCAACUUCAAGAACUCAUGGAUGAUUGUUCAUCAGUCCUUGAAAAUGGAAAGUUAGCUUCUAUGUCUCUAAAACAAUAGAGAUAAUUGUGUCAUGCAAAUUAAAA